AUGUCCGCUGCAACUAAGAAACCACCAGCGGCGGGGGUUGGCCGGCUGUCGGACAGUAACUCAACGACACCGCCUCCACGACAAGCACGAUCUUCGACACCGACCACGAGCGCAACUAGCACGCUCAACAGCACCCCGACGAGGACUCGGUCCACCAGAGGCGUCACUCCCGUUUCGGCGCGCGCUGCCGCUCACCAAAGAGGCCCUUCGGCUUUGGGCAACAUGAUGGGUGCAGACGAGACAGCGCGUGCUGAGACAGUUGCACUCAUUGACGACUUGAAGGCAAGGCUAGAAAAGGCAGAUUCAGCGUCGGAGCAGUACAGGAAGCAAGCCGAGGUCCUACAGUCAAGGUUCGAUGACGCCUUGAAAGAGCAAGCCAAGCUGGAAGAGCGGGUGCACGAGGGCGAAGAGCAAAUUGAGACACUUCGAAAUGAAAAGCGGGAGGCCGCCAGGCAGAUUCGGGAGAUGGAGACCAUCUACGAGGCCGAGCGAAGCUCGAUGCUCAAAGAGAAGGAAGAAAUGUCUAACCGGGAAGAGGAAAUGCAAGCCGUCAUCAACCGACUGAAGGAAACGUUGAAUCAGAGGAACGCAGACGAUGAGUAUCGGCCAACAAGACAAUCGAGCAACUCGUCCCCGAGUGUCGACAACGGAAGCUUUGCCCCGCCAUCAUCGAUAAACCGCAGCGACUCGAGGAACAAUUCGAAGUUACUGCUCCAGAAAGACAAGUUGAUCGAGUCUCUGCGUCUGGAACUAGCCGAGGCGCAGAUCAAGCUGGUCGAGUCGGAGAACCAAGGCGGCGGCCGCCUGCAUGAAGUGGAGCGCCUGCUGAUGGAGGCCCGUAUGGCUAAUGCUCGUCUCAUGGAGGACAACGAGUCGUACCAACUACUGCUGCAGGAAAAGACGCUGCACGGCGACUUUGGCAAGGGCGACUUUAGCUACAUGGGCGUUUCUGCCAACCAGGAUGCCCUCAACGCCCUCGAAGGCCGUCCCAGCUCAGGUGAUGAGGAGGCGGACGCUGCCGUUGCCGUUGGUGCCAGCCUAGCCGAUGAGCUAGGCGACGACACAGCCGACGAGAGCGCCAUUUCACAUGUGGAUGACUCGGACCACCAACGUCGCCUGGAAGGAGAGUUGCGUGCCCUAAAAGACCAAAACAAGGCGUUGACACUUUACAUCAACAAGAUCAUCGAGCGGCUGCUACAGCACCAGGAAUUUGAGCACAUUUUGGACCAGUCCUCCGACUUCAAGCCCGGUGCCAAUGUCAACAAGGACCUGCCCCCGCCGCCGGCAGACAAGCAAGCACCCGGUGCUACUCUGCUGCAGCGCGCCAAGUCCAUCGCCACCGGUGCGAACCCUCCCCCAGCUGGUCGCCCCAAGCCCAGACCCAUGUCCUACAUGCCCUCGACCAACCCAACCGCCCACAACAACCCCGACACGGCGCCUAGUAUUCCCAUCGGGCUGGGCCGGACGGCGUCGACACGGCGGGGCGGCCGACCUAUGAGCGAGCAGUACUUCGGCCCCGCUGGUGUUGUGAAUGCCAUGUACAAAGGACCCGACGGUCCUAUCUCCCCGACUCUGUCCAACCCACGCCACAGUGCUCAGUUCUUCUCGGGCACCGCGACGCCCCGCCAGACUUCGUCAAGCAAUGGCGUGCCCAGCGCCGGCAAUUUUCCAGGCAUGCGCAGCGAAACCAGCAGCUGCCAGCCAGAGCCCCCCCGCACCGUAGCCAGUGGCUACUCGGGCGCCGAGAAGGGUGCCACCUUUGCGGGAAACAAGCCACGGCCGCUCAGACUGGUGCAAGAGCACCCGGAAGCAGUCCAGAACAAGGACAAGCGAGCCAGCUGGUUCGGAUGGGCACAGCAGGCACUAACCAAGAAGGAAGACGCCGGCGCGGGUGCCGGCGAAUCGAUCAAGGAGUAG